UUGCUGUUUCUACAAGUACCCAGUUGGUGAAAUUGCUCCUUUUUCUUGUGUGACUUAAGCAAGCAUAUGAUGCUGUUGACAGCAAUCAUAAGCGCAGUAUAAAAAUGUACUGCCUCUUUACCUCUGCCCACAAACUGUUUGUUUAUAUGUCAAAGUGGAAUUCCCUGCUUUUCCCUACUCAAUUUUAGCUGCGACAUUUGAGAAUAUCACAAAAGGCUCCUUGCAAUUUAGCUUUUCUUGGAUUCUUGUGGGGUUCUUCACUUCCUCUCGGUCAAAUCUUCAGCAAUAUAUUACUAUUAGUUUACUCACCUUAAUUCAGACUUAACCAUUUCUGCAGAUUCAGUUUAUUUGUUUUGUAAAUUCUUGUGAGGGAAAAGAGGAAAGGGAAUCUGCUUUUCCCCCAAUAGUUUGUGAGCUGUUACUUAGCCAAUGCCCACUGUCUUCCUUUAACCUCUGAAAGAUUCAUUCUUUUUCAGCUUAGAGUAGUUCUUGAUCUCGAAAGAAGAGUAAUAUAGAUGGAUAGAUAGAGAGAGAUGGUGAAGUGCUGAUAUUCUGCCUGCUACAUUUGAUUUCAACUUUUUUUUUUCCUCUGUGAAUUGGAUGCUGCAAUUAGGUAUUGCUUUUGCUUUCUUUAUCUCAACACUCAGUGCUGUAAAGCUGCAAAGUUCAUUUGUGCCUUGCAAGACAUUUUACCACCCAUUCUUGGUUAAUUAAAACCCUAUUUCACCUAAAUUGAAACUGCAAUUCUUGAAUUUGGGGUGUUCCAAAUUCUGGGCUUCUCUCUAAUUUAUUGUUUGAUUGAUAAUGGGGUCUGAGGGGAGUGGGGGUAGAGUGUUCCAACACAGAGGUGGUGGUAGUAGGGAUAUGAAUUCAGGAAUAGGGGGCACAAAUUCAGCUUCUGACAAAGUUUCAGGAGUGACAAUGUGUUCAGAAUCCAUGUUCUAUGGCUCUAAUUGGGAUCCAAUUGUGUCGUUGGGUCAAAGUGGGGAUUUUGGGAAUUCCAACAUUGUUUCUCAGAGUGAGUUUGCCAAUAAUCCACUCAUGUUGGAGAAUCAGACAAUGUGUGGCUCUUUGGCUCAGUUCCCCUCUGAUUCUGGUCUUGUUGAUUUGGUGCCGAGAAUCCCCGGUUUCGGGAGUGGCAGCUUCUCUGAGAUGGCCACUUCCUUCGGCCAUAACUCCGAUUCGCCAAAUUUCAAUAAGGGGGUUUCGCAAGAUCAUUGCCCGAAUUCGGAUGGUGGGAUGUUGGGAGCUUCACCUUACGGGAAGAGGAAGAGGGAGGUGCAGCAACGAGCUUCACCAAAGAGUGGUGAAGAAGAACAGCACAAGGAUCCCUCUGGGGAUACAUCUAAAGAAGAUGAUGAAAUGAAACAGAAGUUCGAGAAAGGUAUUGGUCGCGGUAAGCAAGCUGUGAAGCAAGCCAAGGAUGAUCAGAGUGGUGCAGAGCCAUCUAAAGAUGAUUACAUUCAUGUGAGAGCCAAAAGGGGACAGGCAACAAACAGUCACAGCCUUGCAGAAAGGGUGAGAAGAGAGAAGAUUAGUGAGAGAAUGAGAUUGCUUCAGGAACUGGUUCCUGGCUGCAAUAAGAUUACUGGGAAAGCGAUGAUGCUUGAUGAGAUUAUCAACUAUGUGCAAUCACUCCAACAACAAGUUGAGUUUUUAUCGAUGAAGCUUGCUACCGUGAAUCCAGAGCUCAACAUGGACAUAGACAGGAUUUUGUCCAAAGAUAUUCUUCACUUGCGUGGCGGAAAUACCACCCCGCUCGGAGUUAAUCCAGGGCUGAGUCCGUCCUUCCCGUUCCCUCCAUAUCCCCAAGGAGCCUUCAACAAUGCCCCGGGCACAGGUCCACCAUUUCAUUCGUUACCCCAGCAUAUAUGGAACACUGAGCUCCAAGGUCUUCUCCAAAUGGGAUUCGAUCCCGAUCCAUCUGGCAGCAUGGGGCCAAAUGGGUCGUCGAAAAUGGAGCUAUAGAGGUGAGGGCCUAACCAUACAUUCGAGAAUUUGGAAGUUGAGGCUAUAAAAAUGUUGAAGGUUCAUUUUUUAUUUUAUUUUUUGUUCAAGUGUUGUAUAGGUUCUAACUUUUGGUUCUUCGAAUUUUAACAGAAGAAAAUGACUGUUUAGAUUUACAAAACAAUGUAUAUUCAGAGUUGGAAUUUAAUUGGUGAAGAUGAUUGGCUUUUUUUGUUGGUUGUA